AUGGCUCCCGAGGAGCUCGCUGGCUCGGCCGACUACGAUUACCCACCGGUGACCAAUGAGACGGGGAACCAGGAGGUCUCCUCUGGGUGGGAGGUCUUCUUCACCUCUGUCUUCAUCCCCAUCCUUUACUCCUUCAUCUUCGUCCUCGGCCUUGUGGGGAACGUCUUUGUCAUCGUGCUGAUGGCCAAGAAAGGCGGGGGCAAGAGGAUGGUGGACACCUUCGUGCUGAACCUUGCGGUGGCUGAUGUCAUCUUUGUCUGUACCUUGCCCUUCUGGGUGGUGGCGGGGGCGCGGGGGAACCGCUGGCUGCUCGGUGAAGGGCUCUGCAAGGUGAGCAGCUAUGCCAUCGCCGUUAACCGCUGCUCCAGCAUACUCUUCCUCACUGCCCUCAGCGUGGAGCGCUACCUGGUCAUCAGGAAGGUGCUGGACACCAAGGUGAUGGGUUCCCGGAGGCACAUCCAUGUCACCUGCGGCAUCAUCUGGGUAGCGUCCCUCCUCCUGGGUGCCCCAUCCCUGGUGUAUCGGCGGCUGGAUGGGGACGACUGCUGGGAUGAAGAUGGAGAGGACUUCAGCCUCGCCAUGGUCUUCCUCACCUUCCUCCUGCCCUUGGGGGUCAUCUCCUUCUGCUACUGCUCCAUCUACUGCCAGCUCCAGCGCCAUGUCCGGCUGGGCAGGGGCGUCCAGCGCUCCCACCGUGCCAUCGUCACCAUCGUUGCAGCCUUCCUCUGCUCCUGGUUGCCCCUUAAUGCCUGCAAGGUGCUGCUCUUCUUCCUCGCCAAGGGGACGCUGGUCCUGUCCCAGGGGCAGGAGGUGGCCCUGAGGUGGGUGGUGGCCGGCAGCACCUGCCUGGCCUUCAUUAACAGCUGUGUCAAUCCCCUCAUCUACGCCCUGAUGGACGGGCGCUGCCGUCCCCGAUGUCCCUUCGGUCCCCGUGUGCCGGGGAUGGGGCCCGGCGCGACUGCCCACUCCUCCGCCACCGACUCCAGCCUCCUCUUCAGUGGCUGGAUCUGGACCAAGACCACCCCCGGCCCCCGGCACAGGAGCGGGACCGAGCUCCAGCUGGCACCGGGCGUCCCACGGGUCCACUCUGGGGUGAGUCCCUCCACCCCCUCCCCGGCGUCCCCAGGUGCCGCCGCCAUCCCCGCUGUCCCACCCAGUCCCCAGCUGUAA